UCAAACUUCAAUCGUCAGUCGUCUGAUAGAGCGGAACCGUGGAAAAAGUUUCUGAAAAUCAAUGGAAAGUCCAGAUUUCGUAACAUUUUUCAUCAACUUCGAAUGCUUCGCUUCCCUGUAAUUCUUCUCCGGCAGCCGGAUCAAGUUGUGAAUGGCUUCCUCAAUCGCAGAGAAAUCAGCUGCUUCUUCUUCUUCUUCUUCUUCUUCUCCUAGAUGGUCGUAUGACGUUUUUCUGAGCUUCAGAGGCGAGGACACUCGCAAGACCAUUACCAACCAUCUUUAUGAAGCUCUCAGGCGACAAGGCAUUGUGGUUUUCAGAGAUGACGAUGAGCUCGAGAGAGGGAAGGCCAUUGCCGACGUGCUGAUCAAAGCGAUUGAGGAGUCGCGCUCCACCAUUGUUAUUCUAUCUCAACGCUAUGCGGAUUCCAAGUGGUGCUUGAGGGAAUUGGCUAAGAUCGUCCACUGCAAGAACACAUUAGGUCAAACGGUUCUCGUGGUUUUCCACAAAAUUAAUUCCUUCGAUGUCAUCAGUCCUACUGGAAUUUAUGAAAAUUUCUUUAUUGACCACGAGAAUAACAUCAAGGAGAAUUUCGAAGAGGUUCAGAGCUGGAGGUAUGCCAUGAGAGAAGUUGGAGGGCUCUUUGGAUGGCAUGUAAAUGACGAGACCGAAACAGAGAAAGUCCAAGAAAUUGUUAAGCAUGUUUUCAAUCAUCUGCGUCCUGAUUUACUUAGCAAUGAUGAAAAUUUGGUUGGCAUGAACUUGAGAUUAAGCAGAAUAAAUAUGCUUUUGGGCAUGGGGCUGGAUGAUGUGCGCUUUAUUGGGAUAUGGGGGAUGGGUGGAAUAGGCAAAACAACUAUUGCCAGAGCUCUUUACAAAAUUGUUGCCCGUGAAUUUCAUGGAAGUUGCAUUCUGCGGAAUGUUAGGCAAGCUUUAAAGAAUGUUGGAGGCUUGGUAUCCUUGCAGGAGAAACUUCUUUCCAUGACUCUAUUGAAAGGAAAAGUUCGCAUUAAAGACGGUGAUGGAGCUGCAAUGAUAAAGGAAAACCUACGAAAUCAAAAAGUUUUUGUUGUUCUUGACGAUGUUGAUCAUGUGAGCCAGGUGAAAGAACUGAUAGGAGGAGAAGAAUGUCUUGGUUUUGGAAGUAGAGUCAUUAUUACAACUAGAGAUGAAGGUUUGCUUGUUUCUCUUGGAGUUGAUAGGCGAUACAAUGUUGAGAGUUUUAAUGAUGAAGAGGCUCUUCAGCUCUUCUGUCAUGAAGCAUUUGGGGUCAAGUCUUUUAAGAAAGGUUAUUUGGAUCUUUGUAUGCAGUUUAUAAAACAUGCUGAGGGCCUCCCAUCAGAACUUAAGGUUCUUGGGUCUUCCUUGCACGGUAGAUUGGUUCGGUCGUGGGAAGAUGCUGUAAAAAAUUUAAAUGUUUGUUUAAACAAGGAAGUCUAUGAAAACUUGAAAAUGAGUUAUGAUGCACUUGAAAUGCAAGAGAGGAGAAUCUUUUUGGAUAUUGCUUGUUUUCUUACAGGAAGGAGCAAAGACCAAGUCAUUGACACGUUCAAGAGUUUUGGAAUUGAUGCUGCUGAUGGACUAAAAAUUUUGCAGGAGAAAUCCCUCAUAACCAUGCACGGUAACAAAAUACAGGUGCAUAAUUUACUCAAAAAAUUAGGUCAAGAAAUUUUUCUUGAGGAGUCGUCAGGAAAAUGUUCUAGGCUGUGGCGUCGAAAGGAUGUCAACCAUGCUUUGAGACAUAGUCAGGGAGUAGAAGACAUUGAAUCAAUAGUCUUAGACUUGGACGAGCAUGGAGAGUCACACUUAAAUGCCAAGUUCUUUUCGUCAAUGACCGGCCUGAAAGUGUUGCUUGUUCAUAAUGUGUUCCUUUCUGGAGAUCUUGAGUAUCUCUCAGAUAAGUUGAGACUUCUUAGUUGGCAUGGAUAUCCUUUAAGACAUUUACCGUCACGUUUCCAGCCGAGUGAACUAUUGGAACUCAGUUUACCGAAUAGCUGCCUUGAAAAUCUUUGGAAGGGAGAAAAGAGGUUAGAUAAAUUGAAGAUAAUAAACCUUAGUAAUUCUGAGUUCUUGAUCAAGACCCCUAAUUUGUCAAUGGUGCCAAAUCUUGAGAGAUUGGUCUUGAAUGGUUGUAUAAGACUGCAGGAGCUUCAUCAAUCUGUCGGUGCUCUGAAACAUCUCAUCUUAUUGGAUCUUAAGGAUUGCAAAUCUCUCAAAAGAAUCCCUUUUAAUAUUUGUUUCGAAUCACUAAAGAUUCUUGUUCUUUCUGGUUGUUCAAGACUUGAAAAUUUUCCAGAGAUUGUGGAAAACAUGAAACUUAUGACAGAGCUUCAUUUAGAUGACACUGCUAUUCGAGAAUUGCAUCAGUCGAUUGGAAAACUCACUGGCCUCGAAUUGUUGGAUCUUAGAAACUGCAAUAAUCUUCUUACACUCCCAGACUCGAUUGGUUGCAUGACAUCGCUUAAACAUCUUGCAUUGGGUGGCUGCUCAAAGCUUGAUCAAAUUCCAUACAGCUUGGGAAACAUUUCUUGUUUAAAGAAGCUUGAUGUGAGUGGUACUUCUAUUAGUCAUGUCCCAUUGUCUCUACGACUUCUGGCGAACCUCGAAGUAUUCAACUGCGAAGGCCUGUCCCGAAAGUUCUGCUAUUCGUUCUUCCCAUUUUGGGAUACGCCAAGGAAUUAUAAUUCACAUUCAUUUGGUUUGAAGUUGAUGACUUGCCUAUCGAAUUUUCAUUCUGUAAAAGUUCUGAUUUUUAGUGAUUGCAAGCUGGUAGAUGGAGACCUACCCAACAACCUCAGCUGUCUGUCUUCAUUGCAGUUUCUGGAUCUAAGCAGGAACUUUUUCGCCAACCUGCCUAAUAGUUUGUGUCAGCUUAUCAAUCUCAGAUGCCUUGUCUUGGACAACUGCAGUAGGCUCCAGUCAUUACCGAAGCUCCCGCUCGGUUUACGUUAUGUACUUGCUAGGAAUUGUGUGUCACUGAAAGAACACUAUAACCAAGAAGAUCACAGGCCUAUAAGUGAAACAGAAGUAAUGAUUCUUAGUUACCCCACAUCAGCUGAACACCGGAACUCCAAAAUGGCUAACUUAAUGCAGUCAAAAAUAUACACAGCUUGGGAGAAUGGGCAAAUUAUGUGUGGCAUUAGUUUUUGUUUCUUAGAAGAUUCAUUUGGGUCUGAAGCUUUGAAAUUUCAGAACUUCCCCAUCAAACCAUUCAAUGUUCACACGGCUCUCCCAUCCCCAUCACCAUGUUUUUUUCUUUCUUUUCUGGAGCUGAUUAGAGCUUUCUUCCAAAGGCACAUGGCUCUUCCAAAUCCUUUAGCUUUUCUUUUCAUCUUCUUGCAUAUAGCAGCUUUCUCUGCAGAAUCUUCUUUAUUAUACAAUGGAUUUAGCCAAGGAAAAAGAUUGGUUCGCGAUGGAGCCGCAGUUGUGAUGCCAUCUGGUGCAUUGAGGCUCACCAACACUUCACAAAAUGUCAUAGGCCAUGCAUUCUACCCUGAUGCCAUUCACCUGAUUAAUAACACUUCUCUUUCAUCUUUCUCCACAACUUUUGUGUUUGCCAUUAAACCAUCCAGCCCCGGCCAUGGCGGCCACGUCUUUGCAUUCACCUUGGCUCCAUCAACCAAGUUUGAAGGUGCUGAAAGUGGGCACUUCCUUGGAUUAUUCAAUCGUUCUAACGAUGGAAGCGUAUCCAACCAUAUAUUUGCUGUUGAAUUUGACACUGUUAAAGGACAUGAUGAGCUCAAGAACUCCAGAGGAAACGAUGUUGGGAUUAACAUCAAUGGUGUUGUAUCUGUUUCCUCCCAACAUGCUUCUUAUUCCUAUUUUAAUGAUACCAUUUUGGACCAUAUCUUGAUUGAUUCCGGUGACCCAAUUGCUGUUUGGAUUGAAUAUGAUGGUUCCAGAAAAAGUGCGAGUGUUUUUAUAGGCCUUUUGACAGAUCAAAAACCGGAGAAGCCACUCCUUUCCUGUCCUAUUGAUUUAACUCCUGUUCUAAAGGAAAAAAUGUACGUUGGCUUCGCUGCGUCGACCGGAAUCGAAACAAGCUCUCAUUACAUUCUGGGAUGGAGUUUCGCCGUGAAUGCACCGGCACGGCCGCUGAGGUACUCUCUCCUUCCCAUAGAACCAGAACGGCAGAGCCAUCCUCGUGCAUCCAAUCCCCAGUUUAUGGUUAUUGUAUUAGUUUCAUCGAUUCUGGUCAUUGUGGGAAUUGUUGUCUUAGCCUUCUUGUUUAGAAAAAUGAGGAAAGCUGAGAGUUUAGAGGACUGGGAAAAAGAUUGCCCUCACAGAUUCAGUUACAAAGACCUCUACACAGCAACAAACGGAUUUAAAGACUGCCAGCAAAUCGGAAUCGGAGGAUUCGGGUCGGUAUAUAAAGGCUCGUUACGUUCAACUGGAGCUGAGAUUGCUGUAAAGCGAGUAAAAAGAAACUCGAGCCAAGGAUUGAAGGAAUUCGCAGCGGAAAUCGAAAGCUUGGGAAGAUUAAGACACAAGAACUUGGUUAAUCUUCAAGGAUGGUGCAAGAAAAACAACGAUCUUCUCAUAGUUUACGAUUAUAUCUCAAAUGGGAGCCUUCAUUCUCUUUUGUAUCAUCCAAUUCAAAACUUCGUUUUGAAUUGGGAGCAAAGAUUGAACAUCCUCAAAGGCAUUGCUGCAGGAUUACUAUAUCUCCAUGAAGAUUGGGAGCAAGUGGUAAUCCACCGAGAUGUAAAGCCGAGCAAUGUUCUAAUAGACGACGACAUGAAUGCUCGAUUGAGCGAUUUCGGUUUGUCGAGGCAAUACGACCACAACCAAGUAUCGCACACGACGAAAGUUGUCGGGACAAUCGGCUACAUACCGCCGGAGUUGUUUCGAACGGGGAAGGCGUCGAAGAGCGCGGAUGUGUAUGCGUAUGGAGUAGUGGUGCUGGAAGUGGCAUGUGGAAGAAAGCCUCUGGGAUCAGGGCAGUUUGUAUUGGUGGAUUGGGUGAUGAAGUUGUAUGAAACGGGUAAUGUUGUUCAUGUGGCUGAUCCGAAGUUGGGUUCGGAUUAUAAGGUGGAGGAGAUGGAGAUGGUGCUCAAACUUGGGCUUCUCUGUACUCAGUGGAACCCAGAAGCUCGCCCCUGCAUAAGGCAAGUCACGAGGUUCCUUAAUGGAGAAGACCCACUGCCAGCACUGGAGCCGUGGGCUGUCUAUCAAGCUCUGUUCGAGUCUAGUUCAAGAUCCAUGGCUAAGGAGGUUUCAACAAUGUGGAACAGUUCUUCGUCCAUGUCGGUCGGCCCCAUCUCUUCUGCCUCCAUAAAUAUAGGAAGAUAGUUCGUUUCUGUCUUUAUUUUAGAACCCAUACUUCAUGAUGUUAUAACCCUUUUGAUUAUUUUAUUUGUAAUUAAAUAUUAUCGAAUGUAUAAAAAAAAAUAGGUUCAUCG